AUGUGUGGUUUGAAUGUGCAAGCAUUUGUGUGGUGUGUGUUCUGGAGUUUGGGAAUGUGUUCUGUGUUAUUUUUUGUUUGAGCAGGUAUUUGUGAUGAUAGAUCUUGAGAAGAUCUUUCCGACGCAACAAGAAUCGCUUCAAUCGGAGCAAGAACGCGAAAGCUAUGAAGAUUCAAAGUUCAUGAGCUUGCGUUACAAUUGCGGCGGUUACUAAGUGAAGUUGUGGGGUGACUUUAUAUGGAGUUGGGACCUUUGGGGUUGGGGAAACUUGUCACUCUACUGUAACAGCUGCAAAUAGGUUGGGAACAACCAAGCUAGGUUGGCAAGGGUGGCCAACUUGGAUGGAUUGGUUGGGAAGGGACAAAGGUCAAAGUUGAGGUUCCUAUAGGGAGGGAAUCUUGGUGCUUAUGGGGUUUCCUUGGUUGGGGACUCUCUUGGGACCUUCCCUCUCAUCCCUCUCUUCCUAUCCCAACCUUUCUCUUGCUCCUUCUGAUUCCUUAAUUUCGGAUUUAUAUUUUGAGUAAUUCUAGCUCCUAAGUUCACCUAGCCUCCGUCCUUAAUCCUAACAAGUGGUAUCAGAGCGAUAUUAAGGACAUUGAGAGGAGUCUACAGAAGUGUGAAGACCCUUCUAGACCCACCAUGGCCUGUGGGUGUGCCUAAGUGGUGUUCUAAAGGUUGGAUGUGUCUUCCGCUAAGGGGAAACUCUGCCGAAAUUUCGUGGACGCCGACACUUGUGAAAAAUAUCAAGGGAGCUGUGUGUGGACAGCAAAGGGGAGCUGAAAUUCGUCAUUUCUCAAGGAGAAGAUGAAUGAGAGAGGAGGAGAUGCUAAUGGAAGAGGAGCUGUAGCUGAGAAGACAAGUGAGCCGCCGCCAUAAAAAGUUGAAGCUUUGGAUGGCUCCAACUAUGAGGAAUGGAGCGGGCGGAUGAGGAGUGCCUUCAAACGCUACAAGCUCCUGAAGAUUGCUGUUGGGGAAGAGAAGAUGCCGGAAGAAGGCGAAGCAUGUGAACGGUGGAUUGAGAAAAGCGCGGUGCUUUUCGACCUCAUCCUUCAAUCGGUCAACAAGGAGAUGUUCGAGGACAUCAAGGAUCUUGUGGAAGCGGAUGAUUCGGGUCCAAGGGCGUGGAAACUACUACGUGAUGUGAUUCAGCCCAACACUCUCCCAAUGGUGAUCGUGCUCGAGAAGGAACUUGCUGCCAUCUCCAUGCGACCAGGGGAUGAUGUGAAGCCGGUCCUUGACAAGAUCAAGGACACCUAUGCAAGGAUGGCAGCAGCGGGCAGCAGUGUAUCUCAGCUGCAGCAGUGCACCAAGAUCAUCUCGGUGUUGGACAACUCUUGGGACAACCUCAUCCCCACCCUCAACUCUCAGCAAGAUCAAUGGACACCUGAAUGGCUAAGGCAGCAGAUUCUGCAGGAGGACUUCUGUAGACGCCAUGUGGGAGGCGGUGCUGCCACGAAGACUGCUGAGGGGUAUGGAGCUGCAGGGCGCGGCAAAGGAAGAGGGGGUUGGAGAGGCCGAGGCCGUGGGAGGAGCUUUGGCAGAGGUAGAGGCCGAGAUUUGCUUAAUGAGGUAAAACCCCCUGGGAAGAUCAAGUAUGUGGCAGCAGCGUCAGGUGCUUUGCUCCCUGUCAUUGGUGUUCGAAAUGCCAAGGUUAAGGGAGCUAAUGGGGAGCUUGUGGGGCUUGGGAAUGUUCUGCUGGUUGAAGGCUUGUCUGCUAACCUUCUCUCUAUGCGACGACUGCAGAAGAGCAAGGCCGAAGUGACCUUUGGACCAACCAGCUGCCGUGCUAAGCUUGGGAAGAAGGUGCUGUGGAGUCUGGAAGAGGAGACCAGCUGCAUCAAGGACCUGUGGCAGCUGCCCAUCCUCCCAUGGAAUGGGAAGACUCCAUCAGCAGCAACGGCAGCAGCGGCAAAGGCAACAGCAGGAGGAGAUGCAACUGCACCAACUGAUGGGGUCCUGGAAGCAGUCAAGAAAGUGCAGCAGCAGCAGACACAUGGCGAGGUGCUUGCUGGUGUGGAUGCGAGCGCGGCAUGGGCCAAGGCUUCAUCAAGGAGUGGAGAGGCCGAUUGGGAGACAUGGCAUGAGAGGCUGUGUCAUGUGAACUUCCCUAUGCUGCAGAAGUUGGUGAAGGAUGGGAGCCUGAAAGGAUUGGAGGUGAAGGGGGGAGUGAAGGAGAUUGGGAGCUGCCCUACAUGCUUGGAGACCAAGUUCUCCAAGUUCCCCUUCAACAGCACUACAGGACCAGCCAAGACCCCACUUGCACUUGUGCACAUGGAUGUGGUGGGGCCCACAAGAGCCCCUUCCCUCUCAGGCAGCCACUAUUUCUUGACAAUUGUAGAUGACCACACUCGGGCAGUGUGGGUUUACCCUUUGAAGAGCAAGGGGGAGGUGGCAGCGGCUGUCCUUAAGGAGUGGAUGCCUAGAGCUCAGAGGGAAUGCGGACACAAGGUGAAGGUGAUCCGCAGUGACAAUGGUGGGGAGUUCAUUGGAGCUGAUUUUGAGGGGGAGUUGAAGAGGAAGGGGAUCCAGCAUCAACUGACAGUGCCCUACAACCCACAGCAGAAUGGCGUGGCUGAGAGGUUCAACAGGACCCUGCAGGAGGGGGCACGCACUCUCCUUGGGCGUGCAGGGCUGCCUGAUCCGUUUUGGGUGUCUGCACUGAGGCAGGUCGCCCUUGUGAAGAACAGGGUGCUGGCUACAGUUGGAGAUAAGGAGUGGAUCCCAUAUGUCAAGUGGUAUGGGAGUGCUCCAGCUGUGAACAUGCUGAGGGCAUUUGGGUGCAUGGUGGUGUUUCAUGUGCCUAAGGAGAAAAGGGGGAAGUUGGAGGCUUCUGGAAGAUGGGGUGUGCACUUGGGGAUUGCAAAGGAUCACAAAGCAUGGUUGCUAUGGGACUUGACCACCCAGAAGCUGACAGUGUCAAGGGAUGUGAAGUUUCUUGAGUCCCUGUACUAUAAGGAAUGGAAGCAGCAGCAACAGAAGCUUCCAUCUACACCGCUCAUUGUGGAGGUAGAUGAGGUGCAGCGGCCUUCAAGACAGGUGGAGGUUGCAGUGUCUGAGGAGGAGAUGUCUGGGGUGACUGAGGAAGGGGGAGCAGCUGAGGUGGAGCAGCAGCAGCAGCAUGAGUCUCCAUCUCGAGUUCCACACCCGCCUGAGCGACCUAGGAGGGAUGUGCGCCCUCCGGUGAGGCUGACCUAUGGGGGAAGAGGCAAGCCGAAUGUGGUGCAGGCUGGGAGUGUGGUUGAGCAGAUUGAGGAAGAUGAGAUCGCUCACUGCUACUGGGCACCAAUCCCUGAGCCCAAGACUCGAGAAGAGGCCUUGAAUGGACCAAAUGGGGAGAAGUGGAAGGCGAGUGAGGAUGAGGAGUUUGGGUCCCUGAUUGAGAACGAGACAUGGGACCUGUGUGACUUGCCUCCUGGGAAGAAGGCAAUCACUUCCAAGAUGAUCUACAGGCACAAGUAUGGACCUGAAGGGGAGCUGACCCGCUACAAGUCUAGGCUUGUGGCAAGGGGGUUUCUGCAGACAAAGGGGAAGGACUAUGAUGAGGUGUUUGCUCCUGUGGGGAAAGGAACAACACUGAGGGUGCUGUUAGCGAUCGCUGCACUCCUGGGAUGGAAGAUACGGCAGAUGGAUAUUGUGACUGCCUUUCUGAAUGGGAUCAUUAUGGAGGAGGUGUACAUGAAGCAGCCAGAGGGGCUGGAUGACGGGAGCGGCAGGGUCUGCAGGCUGAAGAAGGCCAUCUAUGGCCUUAAGCAGGCGCCUCGUGCAUGGUAUCACAAGUUGGAGGAGGCGCUGUUGGCUGGGGGUUUCAAGAAGAGUGAGUGUGACCCCAGCCUGUUCCUGCUGCAGGAGAAGGAUGAAAUCCUCAUGCUCUUGGUGUAUGUGGAUGAUAUCCUUCUCUUUUCUGCAUCCACUGCUUUGCUGGACAGCGCAGAGCAGAUGCUGGAGAUGCAGUUCAAGUGCUCCAAGAUGGGUGAGGUGAAGUACUACUUGGGGAUGCACGUGGAGAGAGAUGUGGAAAAGGGUGUGCUGAGGUUGCACCAGAGGAAGUACUGUGAGGGGCUGGCUGAGAAGUAUGGGCUGCAAGAUGGGGGAAAGCUAGCAACACCACUACCUUCAGGGUUUACUGUGGAGCCAUGUGCUGAUGAGGAGGUAGUGGGUGAGAGUGACAGGAAGCUGUUUCAUUCGAUGGUUGGGUCGCUGAAUUAUGCUGCAAAUCAUACACGGCCUGACAUUGCAUUUUCUACAUCACGGUUGGCUAGUGUGGUCUCACGCCCUAGUCAUGAGCAGCUGGAAGCGGCGAAGAGGUUGGUCCGCUAUGUGAGUGCUACGGCAUCAGUGGGAUUGGAGUACAGUGGAGUGAGGCAGCGGUUGCAGAGAGGUGCUGCAGAUGUGAAGAGUGGUGAGAUGCUCUUGAGUUGCUAUACUGACGCUAGCUUCAACUCAGUGAAAGCGGAUGGCACCAGCAUUGGGGGUUAUGUGUGCUUGCUGGGAGGUGGUGCUGUGAGCUGGCGCAGCAAGAAGCAAAAUGAGGUGGGAUUGUCUUCAUGUGAGACUGAGUACAUGGCCUUACACCAUGGGGCCAAGGAAGUGGUAUGGCUGAGGCGUUUGUUGGAGGAGUUGGGAGUUGGUCAGGAGGAGCCGACACUUGUGUUCUGUGACAAUGAGUCUGCAGUGAAGCUGGCCAAGAAUGCUUGUCUGCAUGGGCUGACAAAACACAUAAGGCCUAAGUGGCAUUGGGUGAGGAGAAUCCUUGAUAAGGAGGUGCGGCUGGAGAUAGUGAAGACCCAUCAGCAGGCAGCAGAUAUUUUCACUAAGCGUCUGGCGGAGGCGGAUCAUUGGAAGGGCAUGAAGCUUGCUGGGAUGAGUGUGCAUUGAGUAUGCAUGCUUGAGAUGUGGUAUGGUGGAUGAUGGUUGGCAGCCAGAGGGGGAGAUUGUUGUGUGAUGUCAUCAUAUGCUAUCACAUUCUGUCUGCCUCCCAUCCCAUGUUUUAAACUUGCAUGUGUGGUUUGAAUGUGCAAGCAUUUGUGUGGUGUGUGUUCUGGAGUUUGGGAAUGUGUUCUGUGUUAUUUUUUGUUUGAGCAGGUAUUUGUGAUGAUAGAUCUUGAGAAGAUCUUUCCGACGCAACAAGAAUCGCUUCAAUCGGAGCAAGAACGCGAAAGCUAUGAAGAUUCAAAGUUCAUGAGCUUGCGUUACAAUUGCGGCGGUUACUAAGUGAAGUUGUGGGGUGACUUUAUAUGGAGUUGGGACCUUUGGGGUUGGGAAAACUUGUCACUCUACUGUAACAGCUGCAAAUAGGUUGGGAACAACCAAGCUAGGUUGGCAAGGGUGGCCAACUUGGAUGGAUUGGUUGGGAAGGGACAAAGGUCAAAGUUGAGGUUCCUAUAGGGAGGGAAUCUUGGUGCUUAUGGGGUUUCCUUGGUUGGGGACUCUCUUGGGACCUUCCCUCUCAUCCCUCUCUUCCUAUCCCAACCUUUCUCUUGCUCCUUCUGAUUCCUUGUGAGAUUCUUGAACUUUGAUUGAACUUUUGAGAUUGAGUUAAGUUCUCCUCCUACAGCUUACCCCCUAGUGCGUCGAAAGCCAUAGCGUCGCGAAUACUUCAUCAAUCAACAUGAUUCAAAUUGGGAACGGUAGCUGAGAUUAAGAGCUACAAGACAUCCAAGUUUCGCGACAUUCCAACGGCUAGUUUUUUGUCGACGUCGUUUCUUGUGAAGACGAUUUUUCUGUCCAGAGUGCUCUUGUGAAGACGAUGGUGUCCGAGUAUGUUUUUGUCCCAUGUCGUGGAUGAACACGGGCGACGACGGUGGUUGGCAUUCGGUGUAGAGCGUGCUUGGUCUUGAUAGGGUUUUAGAAGCUGGUAUGGAAGGUGUUAUGGAUCUUCCAAGUGGCUGGUAGGCAGAAGCAGAAGGUGACUGAAGUGAUAUUUGCUUCAAUGAGGAGAGACCCGCAGAAGCAAGGUUGAAGCUUGGAUGGAAGAUGGCUGAUGUCGAGACUAUGGUGUGGAUAACCGUAGUGAUGAGUAGCCAAGUGCUUCUCCUGCUGUUGGAUGUCCAAGUGGCGUGUCCGGUGUUAGAGCUGAUGGACAACGGAAAUGAAAUGGAUUUGUCGGGUGUUGUGGUGUAAGCGGGUUGCGUCUGUAGGUGGAACGCGGAUGGCGUUGAUAAUGAUUGAGAUGUU